AGCAAAACUUGAAAAGAAAUGAAAGCAUAGAGAGAAACGGAAACAGAAACAGAGAAGAAAAACACACACAGACAGAGGCAAUGGCUUUGUAUCUACGACGAGCAAUCAGAUUAAGAUGCACAACAUCACUGUUACUUAGAAGCUCAAAAACCCAAACAUGCAAUGUCUCUCAUUUUCUCUUUUCCCAUAACCAAACAACUUCCCAUACUCAAAGCCCCAAUCCUUUCCCUUCCUUUGAUUUCCUCAGAGAUUCUCGCCGAAGUUUCGCCAAAGGCAAAAAAUCAAAGGAUGAUUCUGGUGGGAGUACAAUGGAGUUUGCUGCAGACAUUGGGCCUAGUGUUAAAGCAAGUGCUGCAACACAGAUGGAUGCAGCAAUUGAUGCCUUAUCACGAGAGUUAGCCAAAUUGAGAACUGGAAGGGCAUCUGCAGGAAUGCUUGACCAUAUUAUUGUAGAAACUGAUGGUGUAAAGAUGCAAUUGAACCACUUAGCUGUUGUUUCUGUCAUAGAUUCGAAAACUUUAUCAGUGAAUCCAUAUGAUCCGAAUACUCUAAAAGCAUUAGAGAGUGCCAUUGUUUCAUCUCCAUUAGGCUUAAACCCAAAGGUGGAUGGUCAACGAUUGAUUGCAGCUAUUCCACCAUUAACGAAAGAGCAUAUGCAGGCUAUGUGCAAGGUGGUUGCCAAGUCUUCUGAAGAUGUUAAACAAAGCAUAAGAAGGGCUCGACAAAAGGCAUUGGAUACAAUAAAGAAAGUCAGUUCUGGUUUUCCUAAGGAUGAGGCAAAGAGACUGGAGAAAGAAAUUGAUGAGUUGACUAAAAAGUUUGUCAAGUCAGCUGAUGAUUUGUGCAAGGCAAAGGAGAAGGAGAUUACUCAAGGCUGAGAAGCAAUGUUGUGGUGUUCCUAGAAUCCAACACAAUUUUCUGUCCAUUUGAAAGCUUAUUGUCUUGAUUUCAAUCGAGUUUUAGACUCUGAUAUGAGUAGUAACAUUACUGUAGAUUUUGAUAGAUACAACCAUUGAUUCAAUGAUAAGUAAAAUUAUACUUUUGCCAGAAGGUUCAAGAGAUCUUAGUUCCCUUCAACUGAUGAUUUUUUGGGGGCAAACAUGAAUGACUUUUCAUGCACACUUUUCAUCUAAUUUCUUUGAAAUGAUUAGCUGUACUGCUACUUAUUCUCAAUUCCAAAUUAACUGUCCA